AUUUACAAUUUACUCUACCAACCAUAAGUUGCUCGAUAAGAAUCGUAAUUUUCUGGUGGAAAAAGGAAGCUAUCGAACCGAUCAUGAACAUGAUCGUGGAGGAUUGGGUAAAAUUGAAAAAUGCAGAAGAGAGAAAUAUAAUGAUUCGGAGAGCACAGAGUGCACGUAUAAUUAUUACAUUCGCAUACUGCAUAAUGGGAAUAGGAUGUUUUUAUCUUAUCGUUCUACCUAGCUUUGGAAUAUCAAUGAGAGAUACCACCAACAUUACUGACCCAGGCAGACCAAUGCCCCUACAAACUCAUUACAUUUACGAUGUAACAAAAAGUCCACAGUACGAACUGACAUUUAUUAGUCAAUCUGUUUAUAUCAUUAUUGCCAUGAUGUCCUAUAGUGGAAUCGAUAAUUUUCUCGGGCUGUUGGUUUUCCAUAUAUGUGGUCAAUUAGAUAUUCUGAAGAACCGUUUAACAAAUUUGGAUAAAUGUAAAAAUUCUCACAAAAUACUAAACAGUUGUAUAACAAGACACAUACGCUUACUUAGAGGUUCUAAACCGGUUUAUCUUACUGCUGGAAAGGUAUUCCCUGUAACAAUGGCAACGUUUUGUAGUCCCAAUUCAUUUGAUGUUGCAACAAAUUCGAAUUCGAGCUCAGAAAAUAUGCCACUUGAAGUAGAAGGUGAUGAUUUUGAUUGUUUGUCCUUUGAUAUGUCGUCUAAAGGCGCAGUUGGAUAUUUUGCAGAACGUACUUGUGCCGGAAUUAUGGAUUCUACAUUGGCGUAA